GUUCCCGCUCGAGCAGUCGCCGUCGACCAUCGUUUGGGUCGAUCAAAGAGGACGUUGAGGGUAUGUGUGACUCAACGUCCACAAUGGCAUUGCGCAGUCGUUCGUGGAUACCCACAUCGAACAAUCCCCGAAAGAGCAAAGCAGACCGGGCGUGACGCUCCCGGACAUGCAGCAGACCCCGGAGUUUUGUUGCCCCUGUGGUGGCUUCCUGGGAUGGAAGCAGAUUCGAUUGAGUGGGAAGAGUCUCAGCAGGAGCUAUGGUGAUCUUCGUAUGCUCGGGGCCAUGCAGGCCCGCGGCUGGGCGUGGGAGGGACCGGAGAUGAGCAGCCAAAUCCCACCCAGAACACUGCCGCUCGAGGAGCAGAAGCCCAGAGCUGGUACUUCCCCAAUCGAGAAACUCCCACCUGAAGUUCUCGACCAAAUCAUUUCGAAGCUGGCAUUGGAUGUCCCGCCUAACGGAUACACGCCGCGCAAUGUUGAUCUGAUCUCGUGCCUGCUCACCUCGCAUACGUUCCACGCUGCCACACUUAGUGUGUUGUACAGGAACAUGACCUUCCCACACUCUAUCAUCUUCUCCAAGGCGCUCAAUCACAUGUCUCAGUAUCCCGCUCUAGGCACCCUGGUCCGUCGCCUUGAUUUCUCCCACUUCACUUCCGUCGGAUUGGGGCGCACCAGACAGAUGAACGCGGAGAUCCAGAAUCUGACCGCCACGACGAUGUUGAAGUGCUUGGACCUUCUCCCGAAUCUCAAGGAGUGUUUGCUGCAGGAACAUGUGGAGGGUGAUAUCAGUGUCGAGGUCGUGCGGAAGCUGUUCAUUGGUCUUCGCAACCUGCAGGCAGUUGACUUCUGUGGCUGCUCCACUCAAGCUUUCUCUGCAGUUUUCCAAGAGGCCUUGACAGCUGGCCCUGGCCUCCCUCUGACUCUUCCAAACUUGAAGCGUGUCUCGCUGCACGAGUGCAGUAGCAUCCCGGGAUCUACUUUUGAGAUACUUCUUCCACGUUUGGUCAACCUGACUCACCUCGAUUUGACCCACACGCAGGUCAAUGAGGCCGCGCUGUUUUCCAUCCCUGAGACAGCCAGGAUCACCCAUCUGAGUCUUUCUCGGUGCUCGCGCCUUUCAGGCCGCAGGGUAGUGGAGUUUUUGACCACGCACCCUGCCGUGUGUGACUCGUUGGUCUUUUUGAACUUGUUGACUGAUCCAACUCGUUACCGGAUCAUGGAGGAAGAGGACGUCAAGGCCCUUCUUCCAAAGCUUCCAUCCUCGCUCCGUUCCCUCAAUCUAGGAGGGGCCAAGGUGACAUCUGACCAUGUGGCGGGCUUUAUCCCCCUGACGAAGCACCUCGAAGAGCUUGGUUUGAGCUCCGCGGACCUGUCUGUUCAAGACCUUAACUCCUUCUUCGCCCCGCCUAAACAGCCAGAAGAUGGAGAGGAGGCGGCAUCUACGGCGAUGAAGGAGCCUUGGAUCCCACCUACUCUUCGCUACUUGGAUCUCAACAAAGUCUCUUCGUUGGCGAUCUCGACACUUUUUAAUACCAACUCGUGUCUGUUGCUAUCUGCGCAAAGCUACCCGCUGCAGGUAAUUGAGUUUAACGACAGAAUUAUCGCCCCGAUGAGGGAGCGGACCAAGAACAACAGGACGUCCGCUGGCUGGACGGUUCGUGAGCUUGGCAGACGAGGAUGGUAUGUCCGUGACCCGGCAUCUGUGCCGGCCAUCCCUGACGAUGGCUCUCGCUCCUGGAAGAUGGGCGCAAGAUGGUGGGGAAUGAGAAAGAUCCCCGUUGCCGUCGGAGACGUUGGAGGAAUCUACGGACACUACAUGUUCAAAAAAUGAACAAUCACCGCAAAAUUAUUGUUGCAAAAAGCGCUGCGUGUCAUUUGGUUUUGCUAUAUGGUUUAUACCCUUGAUCUUUGUCUUUACGUCAUGGGUGGGCUUCUUGUUUCUUGAUUAUACCCAACUGAUUUGCAUGAAGGCGCGCUAUAAGGAAAACGACAAAACAUUGCAGGUGACUUGCUUUUCUGGCUCAUGAUUUGUUUAGCUUUGGCUUUUCCUUGAUGAGCAUUAUAUAUUUGUUUUGCAUUAGCGGGAGCAAUCUUUCAGCGUUAUGGUUGUGGAGCUCUGUUGUUUUGUUUUUGCUGAUAUCCAUCGAUUUGGUCUUUUUCUGUUUCUGUCUACCUAAUUUGUAUCUGGCUCUUUUUUCUUCGCAGCAUAUGGAUGAUGCAUUUGGAGGGCAAUAUGGUUGCAAAAGGGUU